AUGGGAGCCAAGCUUAGCAAACGGAAGAAGGGAUACGAUGUCAGUGACCCUAAAGAGAAGAAAGAGGAGAGUCCUGUGGCGACAGUUGACCCAGCUGAGAAGAAGGCAGAGGCAACUGGGACUGAGGCAGAGGCAGUGUCCCAACAGGCUGCAGUGGAAAAUACUGUAGCACCAGUGGUGGAGUCUGAAGCACCAGCUGAACAGUCUGCCUCUAUUUCAACAACACAACUAGAGGUAAGGAAAGACGAUGCUGCACCAGAAGAACCAACAAAAGAGGCCUCUACUGCUGCACCAAAGGAAUCAGGGGCUGUAAAACAAGCAGCCUUUCCAGAGUCACAAGCAACAGAAGUACCAGUAUCUGCAUCAGAGGCACUAGCAGCAGAGGUUCCAGCAUCUGCAGUUGUGGAACCAGCAGCCGAGGGACCAGCAACUACACCAAAGGCAGCUGCACCUGAGCCACCAGCAGCUGAGGAACCUGUAGCCACACCUAAGGAACCAGCUGCAGUCCCAGAGGCACCAGUAAUGGAGGAACCUUACCCUGCACCAGAGGAAUCAGCAGCAUCAGAGGCACCAGUGUCAGAUAAAUCUGCAGUUGCACCUAAGGAACCAGAUGCACCGGUAAUAGAGGAACAUGCAACUGCAUCUAAGAAGCCAGCAUCUCUGCCAGAGGAACCAGUGACAGAGGAACCUCCAGCUAAACUUGAAGAACUUGCAGCUGUGGCAGAUGUACCAGUGAGAGAGUAA